CCAUUGCUGGGUCCACUAGCUGGAUCUCAUAAAAGCUGCUUCCUGCUUCUCAUUUUUAAGGAUGUUUCCCAAAGCAACAAAUAAUUUUUUCACCCCAUGUAUACAGUGCUUAUGGAGCCCCGGUGGCGAAGUGUGCUAAAGCGCUGAGCUGCUGAACUUGCAGACCGAAAGGUCCCAGGUUCAAAUCCCGGGAGCGGUGUGAGCGCCCACUGUUAGCUUCAGCUCCUGCCAAUCUAGCAGUUCGAAAACAUGCCAAUGUGAGUAGAUCAAUAGGUACCGCUCCGGCGGGAAGCUAAUGGCGCCCCAUGCAGUCAUGCCGGCCACAUGACCUUGGAGGUGUCUACGGACGCCGGCUCUUCAGCUUAGAAAUGGAGAUGAGCACCAACCCCCAGAGUGAGACAUGAUUGGACUUAACGUCAGGGGAAACCUUUACUUUACCUAUACAGUGCUUACUAUAGGAGCACAACACAACCCCUAUACCAGUGGGACUGGUACCCACCGUUUCACCUACCCACACUAAUAAAAUAUAUUUUCUCUAGGAAUUUCUUGGUUCUCCAUGCAAUUCUAUCAAUAGUUCUCUAGGAAUUUUCUAGGCCCCCCAGUGUGAUGCUAUUAUAAGUUCCUGCUAAAAUCUCUCAUUUCAAAACAGUACAUAUUACCCAUGGUUUCCCCUUCUUGCAUGGUAGAUUUGUUAAUAUAUUCCCGUGUAUAUGGCAGUUGUAAUGUAUUGUGAUGCAGAUGCAGACUACAGCCAGGAAAUCAGAAGACGUCUACUUCUUGGGAAGAGAGCAAUGGUCAACCUCGAUAAAAUAGUGAAAAGCAAAGACAUCAUACCGGCAACGAAGGCCUGCAUAGUUAAAGCAAUGGUAUUCCCCAUAGUAACCUAUAGAUGCGAGAGCUGGACUAUAAGGAAGGCUGAGCGAAGGAAGAUAGAUGCUUUUGAACGUUGGUGCUGGAGGAAAAUCCUUAGAGUGCCUUGGACUGCAAGAAGAUCCAACCAGUCCAUCCUCCAGGAAAUAAUGCCAGCUGCUCACUGGAGGGAAGGAUAUUAGAGGCAAAGAUGAAGUAUUUUGGCCACAUAAUGAGAAGACAGGUAAGCUUGGGGAAGAUCAUGAUGCUGGGGAAAAUGCAAGGCAAAAGGAAGAGAAGCCGACCAAGGGCGAGAUGCAUGGAUGGUAUCCUUGAAGUGACUGGCUUGACCUUGAGGGAACUGGGGGCGGCGACGGCUGACAGGGAGCUCUGGUGUGAACUGGUCCAUGAGGUCACGAAGAGUCGGAAAUGACUGCGUGAACAAAGAAGAAUGUAUUGUGAAGUGCAAAACCAGAAGUGGAAAAAGACAUAUCUACUUAAAUCAGUAGAAUAUGUGUUUCUCCAGAUAAUACUGGGCUGUAAUCCCAAUCAUCCCUCAUCAUUGGCUCUAUCAACACUGAGGGGUGCUGCAGUCCAACAAUGUUUGGAGGGUGGCAUGUCCUCCAGCUCUGAUAUAAGUGAAAGGAAUCUGCUAAAUGAGCAGGUGGGGGUCAGCACUGUUAUUGUAGAAUUAGUUCCUGUGACAGUUAACAGUUCUGCUGACAAAUACUAAGGUUGCACGUGUUCUAGGCAACCUACUAAACACUGUGGCUGAUAUGAGCCUCCCAUUAUCACAUUCUGUAUCAACUAUUCCAAGAAAUCUGCUCAUUCCCAUCACUAGCUGGCACCAUUCACAAUUCAAAAGGACCUCAAGGUUCAGGAAUGGAUUCCUGCUUAAUGGAAAGACUGUGUUAGGAUUUCUCUACCACUAGGAAGCCAUGGCAUUUAGACUGAUUCACUAGCAGAAAAAUAUGCAAAGGAAAAUAAAGGAAACUCUCAUACAACCUGGUCACAAGGAUAUGCCCCUGUUUGUUUUGAUUCAGAUGCUAGUGAGAUCAGUAGCCUUUUGCAGUUUUAUGAAAAUUCAGAAAACAAAGCCAGCCUGGCUUAAUGAUUCUGAGGCUCUGAAGUGGAAAUCCAUUUAACAACAUCCCUUCUUAUCCUAAUGCUAGUCCAAGCUUUAAGAUAUGUGUCGAAUUAAGAAGGCACAGGGCUCAUGAGCCAAACAACACCAAAGGUACAGACACUCAGUUGAAAAUGUGGCAUAGGAAAUUAUCAAAACUAGUGGCUAUGAUGGUGAGGGAGUUCUGGGAAUUGUUACCCAAGAAAACAAGCAUUCAAAGCUUAUCCAUCUCAUCCUACACUCUUAUCUCCAAGAGGCCAACCAAGUAACUCUAAAAACUUACAAAUGGAGUCUGGUGAAAGUGACCUUCUGCUGAUAUUAAUGGCCGUAGAUACAAUUGUCCAUGUAUCAGUGAUUUUUUUUGUUAAGCAUUCCAUAACACUGAACGAUGGAAGCUCCCCUGUGGCUCUUCCUCUUCCAAUUCUCUUGUAUAAUUGAAUGAUGUAACACCUGUGUGGUGUAGUAUCAUGAUACUCUUGGGUUUCCUUGCUUCUACUCCAUUGUAUUUACUGAUGUUUUUAGACAUGACAAAACCUGGAGUGUGAUGAAGUUAAGCUAGAUCUUUGGUAUUGCUAGGUAUUAUUAAAGGGAGUAUGGAGAAUGAGACCCAGGGCUCCUUUCUUCAGUGGCAAUUCUCCGCAUCCUCUAUCACUCCUACUAACAGAGAACAGAGAAUGAAUGUUGCCACUGAGAAACAAGAAGGAAAAGAAUUAUAGAAUCAUAGAGUUGGAAGACACCUCAAGGAAAUAUCAGCAUCCUUUGGAAAACCUUGCAGCUUGUGGGAUGAAAAAAAAUCUUUAAAACUAAAAACCAAACCAAAUAAAUAAAUACAUGCCCACACACACAACACAUAAAAGAGCUCAAUGUCAACUGAGCAUGGUUAGCAAUGUCAAGAAUGUCAAGUGACUGUCAGAAAAGAAAAAUGAAGCUUUGAGUUUGAUGCUGUCUUUUCCAAGGCUUGUUCUACAUGCUUCAUUGUUCUCAAUUUAGUAAUAUUUUUUACUUGGGAUUGAUCUUAAAUUGAGAAAAUGAUUUGCUUCUCUUGAGAGAUCCUUUUGAAAAAUUGAUGUUAAUCUGGCUAUUAAACUGAAUAGUUCAUGAGAAGCUGAUAUUACUUCCAAUCAUCUUUAAAAUGAACAAGUGCACACUAUUAAGAACUCUCCAGUUAACAACAAGCGUGAUUUUUUAAAAUUUGUCAACCCUGAACCCUCCCGAUGUGUAUUAUUAUGAGCUGGACUACAACACCCAUCAUCUGUGAUGACCAAAAAUGAUGACCCUUUUUUAGUUUUAUCACUGGGAAAGCACCAAGUUGGGAGAAGCUGCUGUAAUCCCAGAGAAAACACUUCUUAGGCAUCUGUUGCUUCAUCUCUCAUUUAGAACAUCAUCACAUUGACUUCACAAGAUAUCAUUAUGACCACUCUUUCUUUCUUCUCAGGCAGUCCUCCCUCCCGGGCAUGAGGAUUAUGCCUGAGAAAGUAGAGAGACAAUCUGGAACUGAGAGGGAACAACAUUUACCAUGCAAACAAGCCAAACAUGAAACUGCUAGCCAUGAGCUUUGGAAAUAUGACCAUCCACAGGAUGUAUUUGAGGGUUUGGUUUCACCUAUCAAGGAAGAUGAAUUUUUUAGAGAGUACUGGGAGAAAAAGCCAUUGGUACUUCAUAGAGAUGACCCUACUGUGGCAUCUUACUAUUCGUCACUGUUUCAGUUAACUGACUUGGAAGGCAUAGUCAAGCAUGGUUUAUAUUAUGGAAAGGACAUUAACGUUUGUAAGAGUAUUAAUGGGAAAAAGAAGGUUUUUAACAAAGAUGGCAAAGUCAGCUAUGCACAGCUGAAGAAGGAUUUUGAUCAGAAAAAGGCAACAAUACAAUUUCAUCAACCUCAGAGAUUUAAGAAUGAGCUCUGGAAAAUCCAGGAGAAGUAGUAAUGCUUCUUUGGCUCGUUGGUUGGAUCUAAUAUUUACAUAACUCCUCCAGGGUCCCAAGGCCUCCCUCCACACUAUGAUGAUAUUGAGGUGCUUAUCUUGCAGCUUGAAGGAGAAAAGCACUGGAGGCUAUACAAGCCCACUAUACCUCUAGCUCAACAAUACAAUGCUGAACCUGAGGACAAAAUUGGGGCUCCAACACACAACUUCAUAUUAAAGCCAGGAGACUUGUUAUAUUUUCCAAGAGGAACUAUUCAUCAAGCUGCCACACCUCCUGGUAUAUCUCAUUCUACCCAUGUGACUAUCAGCACCUAUCCGAACCACUCUUGGAGAGAUUUCUUCUUGGACGUAGUUCCUGGGCUUAUUUUGGAUAUGGCAAAAGAAGACAUAGAGUUUCGGAAAAGCAUUCCAAGGCAAUUAUUGAUGAAGGUGGAUUUGUCUGAUUCAUCAAAGCAAUUAAGUGGCUUCCUGAAAUGCCUUGCUGACCGUCUAGAAAAAAACGGCAAGGAACUAAAGUCAUCUGAUAUGAAAAGAUAUCAUUAUGCCUAGUUUUAUGACACAAGUACAGUUUGAUGAUAUUCAGUGGUGCUUAUUCGAGUGCUAGUAGCGGAAAGGAUUGCAUCAUUAGUCUGCCAUUGCAGAAAAGACAAAUCUAUUACAAAGAAUCCAAUACAUCUACCUUGCUAGCCUGGCAUUGAAGCAGAAUAUGGGAUUGUUGAGGUGGGACUUCAUCUUCAGCCCUUUUGCUUAAGACAGAGAACAAAAGCAAAAGCCUCAGCAAGUAAAAAUUAAUUAUAAUUGGGCCCAAGAAAAGGAAAGCGUUUGAGCCUUAUCAAGAUAGAGUGCACCAUAAUGCAUCAUGGGAAUGUGACAUGGCAUGUUCUCUUUCCAGAAUGUUAUCCCAACACACAAGGAUCAGGCCUGACAACCACCACCCCCAACACACUUGCACACUCACCCCCAUCCCGCUCGACCUUGAUUGCUCAAGAGAAAGACUGUAGGGAAAGAAGGGGGAAACUGCUCUCUUGUUAAGACACAAAGGGAUUAGCCCCUAGUGCAUUAAUGGCACACACUCCAUGGCUCGCUUGGCACGAACCUUGGAGCUACAAUCCAACACAGCAGGGGCUUCGGCGCUUGGCAGGGGAGGGGAAUGUCUGAGGCAGGAACUGACGUGAUGCCAACCCAAGGCUUGCUUUGCCAGCAACAACCCCGUGCCCCACUUGGGAUCAAAUGACUUUGGCCAGCCUGAGGGGAGAUUCUUCAUUAGAUCCAUCACCUACAUGUACUUUUGCCAGGUAUACCCAGACAUCCAUGUCUGUCCUCCUUCCACUCCUGCUCUCACAGUGCUGCAGCUGCCUCAUAUUUCUGAUCUUCAUGACCCUCUAAUGCCCUGGCUGACUGUUCCGUUGUGGAAAAGGAACAGACGAAAUCACAGUGGUAAUAGGAAGUAUCUGAUUAGCUGGGACACUUCUCUGAUGUCGCAAAUAGUGAAGUAAUCCGAUUUGUCCAGCACUUUCCUUGUAUUUAGUGUCGAACUGUUGUACAUGCCUCUGAGGUACAGACGCAAGGGUGAUUAGGGAGAGAAAGAAAAUAAAGGCAAUAGAAGAUUUUAGAAAGAUUAUCACCACACUCUACAAUGGUGUUUGUUGUUGAUGUGUACCUUCAAGUCAUUUUCAAUUUAUGCUGACACAAAAAUGAACCUAUCAUUGCAUUUUCUGGGGCUGAGAGUGUAUUACUCUUCCAAGAUCCAUGCAUGGCCAAACAGGGAAUUGAACCCUGGUUUCCACAGUCACACUCUAAUUCUCAAAACCACUAUACAGUGCUGGCUCUUAAAAUGGCAUUUGCUAGGUCUAAAUUAGUUCUUUAGGAUUGGGUGAGUUCUUUUGAAGCAGCUUUUCCCCAUGAGGUUACCACAGCAUCUGCUAUGUUGAAAGGUAAUGGUUGGGGGAGGGGGGGAGCAUAGACAAAACUACGUCAGAAUGACUGAUGAGCUACCCUUUCAUGCUAUGAAAGACUGCCAAAAGCUCUUGGCCUUGGGAAAUAAACAGCAAGAGUGGAACGUAAAAAGACCAGACCACCAGUCUUAUGGUCCAGCAUUUUCUUCAUAGAGUGGCCCACGGGGGGCCCACAAAGGGCAUCAUAUCGGCCUCCUACAAGUUCCCCAGCAACUAGUAUAAGGAAUCUUUCUGCCUUCAUGAAUUUGUCUAAAGCAAGUUGGCAGUCAUUACUACAUACUAUGGCAGAAAAUUAAAUAAUGUAAUUAUGUGUAGGACUUUCAUUUGACUCUCUUAUUUCAGUUUGUUGCAAUAAAAGAGUGGCAUGUGGCAAGAACAUCACCUUGAUUUCACAGGACAAAAUGCAAUUUAUAAAGGUAUGCUGAGAUCCGAUAUCA